UUUGAAGAAUUGGAAAUAGAAUGGGAUGGAGAUGCCUUCAAGAAGAUGAAAAAUCUCAGAACACUUAUUAUCAGAAAUGGUCAUUUCUCCAAAGGUCCAAAACAUCUGCCUAAUUCUUUGAGAGUGAUGGAAUGGUGGAGAUAUCCUUCACAGAAUUUUCCACAGGAUUUUCAUCCGAAGAAACUUGCUAUAUUCAAGUUACCAUACUGUGAGUUUACAUCACUAGAGUUGACUGACUUAUUAAGACAGAAGUUUGUGAAUAUGACAAGUUUAAAUUUUGACGAAUGUCGAUAUUUGAAACAGAUACCUGAUGUAUCUUGUCUCAGACAUCUGGAAAAUUUGUCAUUUCGAUGGUGUCCAAAGUUAUCCUUACUUCACUACUCAGUUGGGUUCUUGGAAAAACUUAAGAUCUUAGAUGCAGAAGGUUGCUCCAGGCUGAAGAGUUUUCCUCCAAUCAAGUUAACUUCUCUUGAGCGACUCAAACUUCGGUAUUGUCAGAGUCUUGAAAAUUUUCCAGAAGUAUUAGGAAACAUGGAACAUGUACGAGAACUUGACUUGAAAGAAACUCCUGUAAAAAACUUCCCAUCUUCAUUUCGAAAUCUUACACGGCUGCAAAAGUUACAUAUGUGUUUGACUAUUCCAGUAAUGAAAAGUGGUCGUGAUGGCCUUCCCCUUUCAAGCAUUUGCAUGAUGCCAGAACUGGUUGAAGUUGCAGCAAAUGAAUGGGAAGGGGGGCUUUUCCGUGAAGCCAAUGAGGGUGUAGAAAAAGUGAGCUCAAUCUUGUCUACAAACGUUCAAUAUCUUCAACUCAGAUGCUGCAACUUAACAGAUGAUUUUUUUCCAACACUUCUCCCAUGGUUUGCUAAUAUGAAGAACUUAGACCUAUCAGGGAAUAAUUUCACAGUCAUUCCAGAAUGCAUCAAAGAAUUCCACUUUUUAACCAGGCUUAAUUUGAACUUUUGUGAGCGACUUGAAGAAAUCAGAGGCAUUCCUCCAAACCUGAAAUAUUUCUUUGCAAUAGAUUGCCAAUCCUUGACAUCCUCAUGUAGAAGCAUGUUACUAAAUCAGGAACUGCAUGAGGCUGGAAGCACCUUCUUUUAUCUGCCAGGAGCCAAGAUUGCAGAGUGGUUUGAGUUUCAAACAUUGGAACUGCCAAUUUCUUUCUGGUUUCGUGGGAAACUCCCAGCCAUGGCUAUUUGUAUUGCAAUGGAACGAGUGUGUGAGUAUUCCUCAUCAGAAGGUGGUAAAUACAGACCCUUGGUGAUCCAUAGCACAUUUAGACUGAUGUCACCCAUUGUGAUCAUCAAUGGCAACGAACAUUUGUUAGAAAGUUGGGAGAUGAUGGAUGAUUGUACUUGUGUUUUUGACCUGAGGGAGACAAAACUGAAAAAUGAUUUAGAUGAAGAACUUGUGGAAAAUGAAUGGAACCAUGCAGAGGUUACGUGUCGAUAUGUGAGUUUAGGCCAAACCUUAAUAAAACAUGGAAUCCAUGUAUUUAAAAAGGAAAGUAGCGUGGAAGAGAUUCGAUUCACUGAUCCUUCCAGAAAAAGAAAUCUUGAUAUGAUGAACUCGAUAGCUCAAGAUCACAACACCAACAGUUGCUGAAAAAACAAAGAUGAGUGGACAAAGAAGUUGGUGAAACACUGCUUACGUGAAGCUGUUUUAAGUUUUUCAGUUAAGUGUUGUUUUAGAUAUUUAAUUUUGCUUUUUGGUUUCAAUGAAAAUAGAUUGCUCUAUAUUUUGCACUUUUUCCUU